CGAGUGCGCCUGUGCCAAUCCAUGGGAAUACCGAAGCUCUGUUUCGGGCUCCGCCGAUGUCGAUCUCUAUCUUCUUCGUUUUCAUUCUCUAACUCGCUUUACCUCCAAAACCCCGGUUUUCUCUUCUCCUCUCGUUCGUAUGUCUGCAAUAACCACUCAAUCUUCAGAGACAGAAUCAAUCCCAAUGCGAAUUCUUCACCCCCAUACUGGGAUCUUACCUCGUUUAGAUCAUUCUCGUUUACUCCGCUAACCAGUAGCUCUGUUAAUGAAAGUGGUACCGAUGGAGAGUUAGGAAAUGAGUUGAAAUCGUUGACUGAGGAAUUUAGUGGUUCUGGAGUUGCGGAUGGAGUGGUUGAUGGUGAUGAAUUCUUUCCUGUUCGUGUCCUUAUUUCUUUGCUUGAUGGAUACCAUGAACUCACGGGUCUUCCUUGGUGGGUGAUAAUUGCGUCCUCUACCUUGGCCCUUAGACUGGCAAUUCUCCCUGUGCUUAUUGUGCAACUUAGGAAGAUGAAGAAGAUCUCAGAGUUAUUUCCUAAAAUGCCGCCUCCUCUGCCACCACCUUUCUCAGGAAAGAGUUACAUAGAACAGUAUUUGCUUUUUCGGAAGGAAAAACGAGCAAUCGGGUGCCCCUCGUUUUUAUGGUCCUUUGCAACCUUUGCUGUUCAGGUGCCAUGCUUUCUCUUGGGGAUGGCAAGUAUACGGAAGAUGUCAUUGGACCAUCACCCUGGGUUUGAUACUGGUGGCACAUUAUGGUUCGAGAAUUUGACUGAACAGCCACAGGGUCUUUUGGGCCCUAUUUUUCCAGUACUGAUUGCCGGUCUGCAUUUCAUCAAUGUUCAGAUUUCUUUCAAGUCUUCCAUGGGACAACUGCCUGGCCUUUUGAGCAUAUUAGCCAAGUACUACAAGCUCUACUUGGAUAUUCUGACGCUACCAAUAUUAAUGAUCGGGUUUUACCUUCCUCAGGGGAGUUUAAUCUAUUGGGUGACUAAUAUUUCACUAACUGUCAUUCAGCAACUUUCUCUUAAGCAUCCUGCAAUUCGUACAAAGUUGGGGCUGCCUGACCAAAAUGUUCCGGCAAAGAGUGAAAUCCCAGGAAAAUUUAAUAUAUCUGAAGGAAGUUCAUUGAAUUCAGUGGAUGAAAAUAGAAUACCUGUUCAAAGGCUAUCACCUCAUGAACUGCUUGUUCUUUCCGUCCAAAUUUUAGCUAGAGGACACAUAGAUAGAGCAAUUCCAUUGCUACGACUUGCACUUGAGAAGGAUCCUGAAUAUGUGAGAGCUUUGGUUGUUUUGGGGCAGGCUUUCUUACAGAAAGGGAUGCUGACAGAGGCUAUUGAACAUUUGGAGCAUGCUAUUUCCAAGCUCUCUCUUGUCAGCCAUCCAACAAAUGAGCAGAUUGAUCUUUUGAUCCUUGCUUCUCAAUGGGCUGGUGUAUCAUAUAUACAGCAGGAGAGAAAUACAGAGGGGAUAGAACAUCUAGAGAAGAUAGCCCAAUUUAAGGAGCCUGAGGAUCCUAAGGGGAAAGCUCACUAUUACGAUGGUAUUAUGUUGCUAGCAAGUGCUUUGUAUAGAGAAGGGCGAAAGAUAGAAGCAGCAAAAUAUCUGCGGAUGGCUGUUGCUUAUAAUCCUGCUGCUUAUAGUGAAUAUCUCGAACAAUGUGAAAGGGAUGAAGAUUAUCCCAUCAACAUGCAGAAAGAUCACAAAUGAGUACCAUUAUGCUUACAUCACUAGUAUUUUGCUUAAGAGAAGGGGAUAUUGAUCAACAUUCAACUGUCAUGCUGUUAUGAUUCUGAAAUUGCGGGCAUUGUUCAUCUCGUCCACUACCAUAGCAGUACAACUACAAAUUUUGCAAUUUUACAUGAAAGAAUAAGUUUCACUGCCAAAAAGGGGCAGUAAGGUUUAGAAAGGUGUAGAGGAUUUUUCUUUCAUAUUAUUUAUUCAUGUAAAUUCUGCCAUAAAUAUAACUAAUUAUUGGUUAUUUCCAUUAUGGGGUGUGUUGGAAUAGUCAAUUAUGAUUAUAUGAUCAUAACCAGUUUUCUGUUGGUCAAGAUCA